AUGGAUGUCUCUCUUUGCCCAGCCAAGUGUAGUUUCUGGCGGAUUUUCUUGCUGGGAAGCGUCUGGCUGGACUAUGUGGGCUCCGUGCUGGCUUGCCCUGCAAAUUGUGUCUGCAGCAAGACUGAGAUCAAUUGCCGGCGGCCGGACGACGGGAACCUCUUCCCCCUCCUGGAAGGGCAGGAUUCAGGGAACAGCAAUGGGAACGCCAGCAUCAACAUCACAGACAUCUCCAGGAAUAUCACUUCCAUACACAUAGAGAACUGGCGAGGCCUGCACACGCUCAACGCCGUGGACAUGGAGCUGUACACCGGCCUCCAGAAGCUGACCAUCAAGAACUCGGGACUCCGGAGCAUCCAGCCCAGAGCCUUUGCCAAGAAUCCUCACUUGCGCUAUAUAAACCUGUCGAGUAACCGGCUUACUACACUCUCAUGGCAGCUCUUCCAGACGCUGAGUCUUCGGGAAUUGAGGUUGGAGCAGAACUUCUUCAACUGCAGCUGUGACAUCCGCUGGAUGCAGCUGUGGCAGGAGCAGGGGGAAGCCAAGCUCAACAGCCAGCACCUCUACUGCAUCAGCGCCGACGGCUCCCAACUGCCCCUCUUCCGCAUGAACAUCAGCCAGUGUGACCUUCCUGAGAUCAGCGUGAGCCAUGUCAACCUGACCGUACGAGAGGGUGACAAUGCCGUCAUCACUUGUAAUGGCUCUGGAUCACCUCUGCCCGAUGUAGACUGGAUAGUCACCGGACUGCAGUCCAUCAACACCCACCAGACCAAUCUGAACUGGACCAAUGUGCACGCCAUCAACCUGACGCUGGUAAACGUGACAAGUGAGGACAACGGCUUCACCCUGACAUGCAUUGCGGAGAAUGUGGUGGGCAUGAGCAAUGCCAGCGUCGCCCUCACCGUGCACUACCCUCCCCGCGUGGUGAGCCUGGAGGAGCCGGAGCUGCGGCUGGAGCACUGCAUCGAGUUCGUCGUGCGCGGCAACCCGCCACCCACGCUGCACUGGCUGCACAACGGGCAGCCGCUGCGGGAGUCCAAGAUCACGCACAUGGAGUACUACCAGGAGGGCGAGGUGUCCGAGGGCUGCCUGCUCUUCAACAAGCCCACCCACUACAACAACGGCAAUUACACCCUGAUUGCCAAAAACCCGCUGGGCACGGCCAACCAGACCAUCAACGGCCACUUCCUCAAAGAGCCCUUCCCAGAGAGCACGGAUAACUUUGUCUCUAUCUACGAUGUGAGCCCCACGCCCAUCACUGUGACCCAUAAACCGGAGGAAGACACUUUUGGGGUAUCCAUAGCUGUCGGACUGGCUGCUUUCGCCUGCGUCCUGUUGGUGGUUCUCUUUAUCAUGAUCAACAAGUACGGCCGCCGGUCCAAAUUUGGAAUGAAGGGCCCCGUGGCUGUCAUCAGCGGUGAGGAGGACUCAGCCAGCCCACUGCACCACAUCAACCAUGGUAUCACCACACCCUCAUCGUUGGAUGCUGGGCCAGACACAGUGGUCAUCGGCAUGACCCGGAUCCCAGUCAUUGAGAACCCCCAAUACUUCCGUCAGGGACACAACUGCCACAAGCCAGACACAUGGGUCUUUUCAAACUUAGACAAUCAUGGGAUAUUAAACUUGAAGGACAAUAGAGAUCAUCUAGUCUCAUCAACUCACUAUAUAUAUGAGGAGCCUGAGGUCCAGAGUGGGGAAGUGUCUUACCCAAGGUCACAUGGUUUCAGAGAAAUUAUGUUGAAUCCAAUAAGCCUUCCCGGACAUUCCAAGCCUCUUAACCAUGGCAUCUAUGUUGAGGAUGUCAGUGCUUAUUUCAGCAAAGGACGUCAUGGCUUUUAAAAAACUCCUUUUAAGCCUCCCUGUUUUGAUGUCACCUUGGUAGGCUGGGCCCUCUGAGAGGUGGGAAGCUCUAGGCGCUGUUCUCUUUGGAUCCGGGGAUGCUAAGUAGAAACCGCAUGAGCCACCGGUGCACCUGCACCCUUUACCACCACCGAGAUGGGUGACUUCCCCCAUCCGCCAUUGGCAGGGUUACCCUUUCCCUCAGUCAUCACUGUGCUCCUUUUUUCCCGGCCUCCGAGGCAGCUCCUGCCACCAUCUUUAGAGCUGAUAAAGAGAAUUAAAAACCUGUGCACCAAGAACCAUCUUUUAAACACACUAGCCAUUCUCUUGCUUUACAAAAACAACCCAGCCAGCACGAGAAAGCCUGACUGAAGCCCAGCCGUGCUCCGGCCUCACUUACCCUGCCUGGAGAAUGGGUCUCCCUAGGAUACCGGGCUGUCCUCUUAAUGACCUCAUCGCCCUGCAGCCUCCAGCGGGGAAGAGCGGCUAAGCAGAGGUGGAGACCACGCGCUGAGAGAGGGGGAGCCAGGCCCAAGUGUUGGCACCAGAUUAGGUCUCAGAGGAAAGAAUGGAAACCAAUCACUUUCUAUCUAUAUAUUUUUUGGUUUUUGGGUUUGUUUGUUUUGUUUUGUUUUGU